AUGAGUAUUGAUAUUCAAAUAAUUAAAAAAGUUUAAUAAAGAGGGGAAUAUAAAAAAAUAAAACCUGAAUUAAAAUUUUAAAUAUUAUAAGAACUUGAAUUUAAUAGUAUUAAAGAAUUAUCUAAGAAAUAUGGCAUUGCUAGAUAAACGAUUGCCUCUUAUAAGAAAGCAAAGGAACACAUAUACGACAGAUUUAAGGGCGAAGUUUUAUCUUUAGUCUAUUAUUUCGUUGAUAUGCGUUUGGAGGGUAAUCCUACUUUAUCAGAGCAAGCCAUAAAGAAGGAUAUUAAAUUGUUAUUAAAGACUAGAGAAUAUUUCAUCUAUUCUGAGAUGAAUUUCUUAAAAGACUAUAUUCCAGAAACAAAAAAAUAUUCUCAAAAAAAGAGAAUUAUUCGAUUUGUAAUGAAAUAGUCAUUGUUUUAUUUUAAUUAAUAAAAGUAAAAGUAAUUGAGUAGAGUUGAUAUUCAGAUUCCUUAAUAAUAAUAGUAAAUAAUCUAAAUCUAAGAUCAGAGAAUUUAGUAAUAGAAUUCUGAGUAAGAAGUCUAAAUUAAAUUUCCUUAUUGGUAUGUAGAUGAGAGUUCAUACAUUUAUUGUGAUUUGCCUGAUGAAUGGUAAAUUGAAUGA